AUGCAGCCACUCAGUCGGGCAUUGACCCGGCAGGCCAGGCGGCAAGUAUGCUCCUCCGCCCACCGCAGCACCGCCGCGGUAUCGGCGACAGUCGUCCACCACCCUGCCUUAUCCGCCCCGGUCAACCUCGACUCGUCCAGCAGCAGGCGAGGCCUUGCGACUGCCCGCUACCUCGACGAUGGCUCUGCCCGCUCCGCCGUCAUCAACGUCCUCAACAACAUCGCCUCGAAGCGUGAGGUGCAGCAAUACCUCGCCCAAUUCACCUCCGUCUCCUCGCAGCAGUUUGCUGUCAUUAAGGUCGGCGGCGCCAUUAUGACCGACUACCUCGACGUGCUCUGUGCCUCUCUCCGCAACCUCAACCAGAUGGGCUUGUUCCCUGUCAUCAUCCACGGCGCGGGCCCGCAAUUGAACAAGUUGCUCGAAGCGGCCGGGAUUGAGCCGCAGUACAAUGAGGGCAUCCGCAUCACGGACGGCAAGACGUUGGGCAUUGCGAGACGUCUUUUCCUGCAAGAGAAUCUCAAGCUCGUCGAGGCGUUGGAAUCGUGGGGAGUGCGUGCUCGUCCAAUCACUUCUGGUGUGCUCAUGGCCGAUUACAAAGAUAAGGAUACCUAUCAAUUUGUGGGAGAGGUCAACCAAGUCAACGCCGAGAGCAUCAAGACCUCGAUCGCCGACGGCUACAUUCCCGUUCUGACCUGCAUGGCCGAGACCAUCGAGGGUCAGGUACUCAACGUCAACGCCGACAAGGCAGCCGCCAUGCUCGCAAGAGAACUCGUUCCAUUAAAGACAGUGUAUCUGUCUGAAAAAGGCGGCAUUCACGACAAGGAGACCGGCAAGCUCAUCGAGGCCAUCAAUCUGGAUGAGGAGUAUGAGGAGUACAUGAAGAAGCCGUGGGUCAUCCAUGGGACAAGAAGCAAAAUACGGGAUAUCAAAACGCUGUUGGACGACCUGCCGCGCAGUUCCAGUGUUGCCAUCAUCCACCCGGAAGCCCUGGAGCGUGAGCUCUUCACUCACUCCGGUGCAGGCACCCUGAUCCGUCGCGGUACCAAAUUGCAGCAGGCCUCUUCUCUCGCCGAAUUCGAGGAUGUGGCCCAGCUUAAGCGCACCCUCAUACGAGAUCGCGAGGGAUUCGACUCCGCCAAUGUCGUUGACCGGUAUCUGGACUCACUGAAAUCCCGCCCGUUCAAGGCGUACUACGACGAGAGCAUGGAAGCGUUGGCCGUCGUUCUACCACCGGCUGACAGCAAAUCUUCCCUAGCUCACCUUGCCACCCUCACCAUGACCCGCUCCGCCUGGCUAUCGAACAUUGCAGACAACGUCUUCCAAAACCUGAAACGAGACUUUCCCAAACUCGCCUGGACUGUCAAGCAGGAUGAUGAGAACUUGACAUGGUUCUCUGAGAAAGCCGAUGGAAGCAUUGCGCGAGAUGGCCAAGUGCUCUUUUGGUACGGCAUCGAGAGUCCGGAGGAAGUGCGGGAAUUGAUGAGCGAGUUCGUUCAGCAUGGCAGGCAAAUGUUUGGUGACAUCAAUCUUGAGUCGCAGCUUCAUCGGGCGUCUGUGGCUGCAGAGCGCAUACGAGCACGAGCGCAGGAGCUGGCGACUGGGAGAGGAGGCCAUGCCGGGCAACAACAAGCUCGCGCAUUCUCUACGAAUGCCAGGCCGCGAGCACGGAAUGUCGGGAUGAAGACUCAAGGGCAGCAAAGAACAUACGCCACUACCAACCCCAACCCACCGCUUGGUGUAAAGAAUCGCGAGAAGGACUAUCCCGCUCGAGUUGCGGUGAUCGGCGCUCGUGGCUACACAGGCCAAGCGCUCAUCGAGAUGCUUAACCGACACCCCAACAUGGACCUUCGACACGUCUCCUCCCGCGAGCUGGCAGGCAACAAGCUCAAGGGCUAUGACAAGCGAGAAAUCAUCUACGAAAACCUCUCUCCCGAUGACGUGCGACGAAUGGCGGAGCGAAAAGAGAUCGACUGCUGGGUGAUGGCCCUUCCAAACGGAGUCUGCAAACCCUAUGUCGACGCCGUCGACGCGAGCGGACACACCGAGGCCUUGGUCAUCGACCUCUCCGCCGACUACCGAUUCAAUUCCGACUGGGUGUACGGCCUUCCCGAGCUCGUGCAGCGCAACAAAAUCGCAUCUGCAACCCGCAUCUCCAACCCAGGAUGCUACGCCACCGCCGCACAACUGGGCAUCGCACCGCUACUCAGCCACCUCGCACCAGGCCCCGCGCAACCCACCGUCUUCGGUGUAUCUGGGUACUCGGGCGCCGGCACGAAACCAUCGCCGAAGAACGACGUCAAAAACCUGACCGACAACCUCAUCGCUUACUCUCUGACCGACCACAUCCACGAGCGCGAAAUCUCCUCCCAGCUCGGGACGGAAGUGGCCUUUGUCCCCCACGUGGCCGUCUGGUUCGCCGGAAUCCACCACACCAUCUCCCUCCCGCUGGCACAGCAAAUGGCGUCCCGCGACGUGCGCCAACUCUACCAGGAUCGCUACGACAAGGAGAAGCUGGUGAAGAUUACGGGCGAGAGUCCGCAGGUCAAGGCGAUUGCGGGCAAGCACGGGGUGGAGAUUGGCGGCUUCGCGGUGCAUUCUUCCGGCAAGCGGGCGGUGAUUAACGUGACGAUUGACAAUCUGCUCAAGGGCGCGGCGACGCAGUGCUUGCAGAAUAUGAAUCUCGCGCUGGGGUAUGCGGAGUAUGAGGGCAUUCCGCUGGAUUGA